AUGACGAAUCUCCCGAGUUUACUGCCGAAAAAGUUCAAGAUUGGAAUGAUUUCGCUCUGCGACGACGGCGUCGAAGCCAUCUGCGCGCAGUCGAUGGCGAACAAGCAGGCGUACGCCGAUUAUCACGGAUACGAUUUGAUAGUGGAUGAAGAAAUUAUCGAUAGAAACCGGCCGACGAGCUGGAGUAAGCUACUGGCGAUGCGCAAGUAUUUGCCCGAUUACGACUUUAUGCUCUACGUCGACGUCGACACGAUCAUCAUGAAUCCGGAGAAGAAGUUGGAAGACAUCGUGGAUUACAAUUACGAUCAGAUGCUAGCGGCGGAUAAAAACGGUUUAAAUUGUGGGGUUUGGAUGGUGCGCAACACGCCGUGGAUGCUGUGGUUCAUCGACGAGAUGUGGGCGCAAGAUCAACUCGUCGCGCCGAAGACGUGGAACAUGCUCUUUAAAUACGAGCAACGCGCUUUUCAUUAUCUCUAUCAGUCAAAGAUUUGGCGCAGCAAGGUAAAAGGUGAUGCAUACCCCAAAGCUAACACCGUUCGCGCGAGGACAAAGGUUUUGAACGCGUGCGUGUUCAAUUCUCAGCCUUCGUUUUACGUCAAAGGCGAUUUGCUCGUCCACCUCGCCGGUCUGAAGGGCACGGUAAAGUGCAUGUGGUUUAGAUAUUACUACAAACAGUCUCUGAACACGAUUCGGGCGGUGGGUGCGGUGUCAUCAGACGCCGAUCUCCCUCCGCCGUCGAUUUGGACGUGUUUAACGAGGCAAACGUGA